UGAGGUCGGAAGCAAGUUAGAAACGUUUGCGUUCUAUACACCGCAUCCUAACCUCCAGCAUUCUAACACCAUCUACUAGCCCAACCUUUCGCUAAUCUUCACCAUGAAGACUUUUCUUAUCCUGGCGAUGGCAGUUGCCCUAGCGAAGGCUCAAUCAACGGACGAAAUCACCAAUUUAGUUCAGUUCGGCAAGAUGAUUAUGUGCCUGGGAAACAUCGGCUACACUGAAGGUUUGAAAUACAACGGUUAUGGCUGCUAUUGUGGCUACGGAGGGAAAGGCACACCCGUGGACGCAACUGACAGAUGCUGUAAAGUGCACGAUGAGUGUUACGGGAGAGCUGUGGCUGAAGGAAAGUGCUGGACUGUCGAAACCUACGCUACCACGUAUUGGUACGACAAAUCCACGUCUUCUGGGAGCUGUUCCAUCAGAUGCUGGGAAGAGGGUGAUUACAACUUUCUUGUUCCAAGAAAAGCAUGCAAGACCUUUGUCUGUGAAUGCGACCGCAAGGCGGCGCAAUGCUUCGCCGACAACCGGUCUUCCUUCAACAGCAAAUAUGUCAGCUACAAGAAGGACACCUGUUAAGUCACGUAUCUGACUAGCACACCACAGAUGGUUGAGAACAGAUUGGAUAAAUACUGGAGUAAGAGCUGACGCAUUGACAAAAUCAUAAAAAAUGACUCAAAAUAUGACCGUAGAAGCCACGUAAACAAUAUGGUGACAUUAAUUUGUACAAGAGACUUUAUAAAGUAUGAGGAAUUAGAUAUUUACACAUAAGACAAUAAUUAUGACGAGUGUGUUUUGCAAUGAGAACUGAUAUCCAGCAAUUUAAAAACCAUUUAGACUUUCCUCUCCUGAUAAUUACCAAACCAAAAAUGACAAAACAUUCGUUCUGAGGCCCACAUCCUACACGCAUAACGAGUGGGUUCAUCAUCUGAGAAAAGACGGAUUUUUAAAUUUUUCAAGAUUUUAUAUUACUGAUAGUAACGGUAAGAAAACUUGCACUAACGGCUUCCAAACAUUGGAAGAGUCCAUCUUGAUUUUCAAAUUCGUAAUUUCAAAGCCCAAAUUUUGUUGACUUACACGACAUGGGGAAAGACUGCAGGGAGGGGGAUGUUGGUCCUCUAAUCCCAACAAAUCUAUCGCUUCCAGGAACGCCUGUAACUUGAAAGAAAAAAGAAAUUUAGCGAUUUUUCCUCAUAUUCAGCUUCCCUCCCCCCGAAACUUAACUUCGCAGAACCCUGGUAACAGGGGUAUCCAAAACAUCAACAUUUAUUUUAAUUUUGGAUCUACCAAGUUUGGAGGUUGUCAAGUUUAAUGGUUGGCAAGUAGCAGCUUGGUAACAAAAACGUGAUAUGAAUUGUAAAAAAUCUAGAAAAGCUUUUCAUGGGAAAUGGCAUUAGGAAAUCAUGGCAUAAACGAAAAUAGACAAAAUAGACUUAUUCAAAUAAUCCUCAUAAAAUACACCGCAAGCAAUAACUCUCAGAGCCCCUUUCUGAUUAGAUUCCAGCAAAUGUAAUUGAUUUCUCUUAAGAGAACCAUGAAAAACUUGAAAUACGUAAUAACUCUAACGCAGACUGUGUGAAGCAGGUAUAGAAUAGAUAUUUUAUGAGUAGGCCAUAUUGAAUGGAAAGGGGGGUUAACUUUCCUAUUUGGGACCCAGAGAGUAAAAGUGAAAGCAAUACAAAUAAAGGUUUAUCGCAAAUCAAAAGUUUGUUUAUGCUGA